UCUCAAUUUACCUCAUGCAUGGAGAUAGGUUGUUGUUUAUGUACACAUUUUGUGAUCUCGGCAUUUGUCAUGAUGCGGAGAAAAAUCUAAGAUGUCUAAUGGUUUUGUGAGGCUACUAGUCGUUAUUGUGGUUUCCACAUCUCUGACUCUAUAAGCAUAGAUAGUAAGAUGAGAUGAUUUGGGUUUAUAUUCAAGGUCUAGUGAGGUGACAUUUUCUUGUUGGGUUGGGGCUACCGGACUUGCAAGAUAGAGUUGCAAAGGCAAAAGAUUCGAGAGAAGAGAUAAACAUACGGAAGGAGAUUGUGGACUUCCAUGGAGAGAUGGUUUUGUUGGAGAAUUACAGUGCCCUUAACUAUACAGGAUUGGUAAAGAUACUCAAAAAGUACGACAAAAGAACCAGAGCUCUCAUCCGCUCUCCCUACAUUCAGAAAGUCUUACAACAACCCUUCUUCACCACUGACUUGCUUUUCAAACUCGUGAAAGAGUGUGAGGCGUUGCUUGGUCGUCUCUUCCCCAUGAACGAACCCCCAACUUCAACUGAUCAGCUGGAUGUUGGAGAUGAAACCUCAACUUCUACCACGACUGAGAAUGAUGGCCUCCUUAGAGGUCCCAAGGAACUAGCAGAGAUCGAGUAUAUGGAAAGCUUAUAUAUGAAGAGCACAAUCUCAGCGUUGCGUGCUUUGAAAGAAAUUUGGAGCAAAAGCUCAACUGUCAGCGCGUUCUCGUUGCCACCACUCCAGGCUAAUGGAAUGGAGGAUAGGUGGAGUACAAUUCCUGUUCUGGAACAAAUAGCAAAGUAGUUAUAUGCUGUGGAGGGCAUUACAAAAGUGUCAGUUCUGUAUCGUAAUUUUGAUUUUCUUGUUCUCUGUGUUCAUGCAUGUAUUAGACACUACCACAUGCUAAAAAAUGCAUACUUUUCAGCCCACUUGUGUAAGCAUAAGUCUGGAAAUUUAGUGAUC